AUGAAGAAGGAAAGAACGUGCAGAGUAAUUAAAUUACAGAAAUCAACGAAAGUCUCAAUGGAAGUGAUGCGCAUUGAAGAGAUUGAAACUACUGACAAAAAGAUCAAAAGAACAUGGUCAUACGAGAAGAAGGAUGUGCUGAAAGACAUAGAAUCAGAGAAGUCUCAAGCAUCUCCAUGUGUAAAAGAUCGAGUGGAGAGUGAGAUCAAUUUGAUGAAAAAUAACAGCUACAUCUCAAAAGUCUCGUAA